AUGAGCAUAGUGCAGGAUACGGCCAAGUGGAAAAACAAAGCCGUCUCUAAAGUCAGCGACAUGUCCAGGGGUGGUAAUAGAACAGAUAAGAAACAAUCAUCGGUGUCUUUGCUUAUAUCUUGUUCUUAUCCGCAGGGUGAUGACAAGGUGGGCCUGUGUGGCCGGGGGAGCUGGUGGCUGGGAACACUGAAAGACACACCCAUCCCCGGUCUCUAUCACAUUCGCGACUUCAUCGAAGAAGCUGAACUGAACCCAGUGAGGAAGACCUAUGGGUUCAAAGGCGUGGGCAGAAAAGCCCACAUUCUGGGCAUACGUAAGGGGGAUUUGCUUCUACCCGGGGCGUAUGACUACACCGACUCCAUCCAGGAGGUCCUGAGGCACCAGGCGUCCUACUCUUUCAAAAACUGUCCACGGCCUGAAAUCAUCACUCUGGGCUUCAGCGACAAGCAUAUAAACACUUCGCCGUGCGACUACAAUGUGACAGCAAAACCAGUGGAGAAGAUUCCCUGCAAGCAUGUGAUGUUCCGGUCGACUGUGCAGCGGAUCAGCUUUCCCCCUAAGGAGGGACCUGCUCCAUGCCACUAUAGUCCACAGACCAGACCAGCAAAAGGCAUCACUUCCUCCUUCAAAUCCACAUUGCCGCGACUCCACUAUGUGCACUCAAAGACCCCAGGACCAGGGGCCUGCGAACCUUGCUGGAAGCUGGGUGACCAUCUGAACCCAGCAGCCAAAGACCCAUCAUUUAGCCUCUUCUUCCGCAACAUUCUCUAGUGUGGACUUUAUUUCUCCUCAUCCUGUCAGCUUGCUAACUGGCAGAUCACACACAUCACACUACCGUAUUUUGAAAUAAAAGAAAAAUCUUAAGAUUA